AUGCUUUCCGUUUUGAAGCUUUUUAAAUUGUUACACAGAACUCGACAAGAAGUUUUUAAAAAUGAUGCCAGAGCCCUCGAAGCUGCACGACAAAAGAUAAACGAAGAAUUCAAAAAUAACCAAAAUGAGACAUCUGCAGAGAAAAUAGAUGAGCUCCUGAAAAUCGCUGCAGAUGUUGAAAUGAUUCUCAGAACUUCUGUUAUCCAGGCAGUUCAUACAGAUUCUGACAAAAUAUUGCUUGUGCCCAGGAAAGAUCUCCUACAAGACAACACUCCUUACUUUGAUAAACCAACAAAAAACCAUAAAUCUUGAAGAAAAUAUGUCCUUCUUACCCAAAGGUUAA